GGCGCCAUGAUUGCGGGCCCGCUCUCCACUAUGUACUAUAACUAGUAGCUUAUCCCGACGACAUGGCGAUGUUGGCGCCUACACGCAUGUACGCAGCCAGUCGGCUUCAUAGAAACCCUCGGAAAUCAGAGACACUCGGGUUCACGAGAUUACUGUGCUUGGUGGUGUCUCGGGCUCAGACUCUCAGUGCUGUACUGACAGCCUUAGACAUAUCAAAGAUUCAAAGAGAAGGAACAACAGGAUGCCCACAUAACGACGACGGCGGCAGCAGAGGCGUCCUCACGUCAAUGAUCGAGUGAGUACAGACUUCUUAUGCACAUGCAGCUAUGCAUAGCAGAUGGGAGGACAGGCAGAC